AGGGGCAGGGCGGCUGGCCGGGGCGGGCCGCGUUUGCCAGGCAGGGAUGCUGUAGCCUGGUAACCGGGGAGGCUGCUGGCUGUUUGCAUUGGGGGGCGCGGGGAAGCAGGGAUCCUCUUUGACGUCAAGCCUAAUGCUCGCUCGUUCAUAUCCGGGUCCCCGCGCGGUUCCCCGGGGCUCGGCUGGGCUGCCUUUCGCGGCGCAGCAGGCGGCGGCCGGGGGCAGCCCGGAGCUGGCCGGCUCGGAGGGAGGGGAGCGCAGCAUGCCCGCCGCCUCCCCUGCGCCUCCCGCCCGCCGCUGCCCAUGGAGAUCGCGCUGGUGACUUUGGAGAACGGAGGCGCCACGGCCAUCGGGGGAGGAGGCGAGGAUGCGGGGGGCGGCCGGGCGCGGCGGCGGGGGGACCGGCUCCACGUCCCCAACUCCGCCGCCGCCCCCGCUUGGCUGAACGGCUGCCGCGGCGCCCCGGAGCCGGAGCCGGAGCCGGAGCAGGAGCAGCCCCGGGCGGGCAGCGGCGGCUGCCGAAGCAGGAGCGCCAGCCCCGGCAGCGCCAGCCGGAGGGUGCCCGCUCCCCGGGGCGCCUCGCCGCCGCGCCCCUACCCGGGCGGGGGCGAGGAGGAGGCGAUGGUGCUGCCGGAGGAAGGCGGGCACCGCUUGGGCAUGGGCAUGGCCGCGGCGGCCGAGGAGGAGGAGGCGGCGGAGGAGAGCCAGCGCGCCCUGCACCACCAGCGGGUGCUGAUCAACAUCUCCGGGCUGCGCUUCGAGACGCAGCUGGGCACCCUCAACCAGUUCCCGGACACGCUGCUGGGCGACCCGGACAAGCGCAUGCGGUACUUCGACCCGCUGCGCAACGAGUACUUCUUCGACCGGAACCGGCCCAGCUUCGACGGCAUCCUCUACUUCUACCAGUCCGGGGGCAAGCUGCGCCGGCCGGUCAACGUCUCCAUCGACGUCUUCGCCGACGAGAUCCGCUUCUACCAGCUGGGCGAGGAGGCCAUGGAGCGGUUCCGGGAGGACGAGGGCUUCAUCCAGGAGGAGGAGAAGCCCCUGCCCCGCAACGAGUUCCAGCGCCAGGUGUGGCUCAUCUUCGAGUACCCGGAGAGCUCCAGCUCCGCCCGGGGCAUCGCCAUCGUCUCGGUGCUGGUGAUCCUCAUCUCCAUCAUCACCUUCUGCCUGGAGACCCUGCCCGAGUUCCGGGACGAGCGGGAGCUGCAGGCCCCCCUGCCCCCGCACGGGGCAGCCCUGAACGGCACCGCCGGGGAGGCCCCCCCGAUGCAGCCCCCCAGCAGCCUGUCCGACCCCUUCUUCAUCAUCGAGACCACCUGCGUGAUCUGGUUCACCUUCGAGCUGCUGGUGCGCUUCUUCGCCUGCCCCAGCAAGCCCGAGUUCUCCAGGAACAUCAUGAACAUCAUCGACAUCGUGGCCAUCAUCCCCUACUUCAUCACCCUGGGCACCGAGCUGGCUCAGGAGCAGCAGGAGCCCGGGGCCCCCAGCCACGCCAGCAACAACAACGGGGGCCAGCAGCAAGCCAUGUCCCUGGCCAUCCUCAGGGUCAUCCGCCUGGUCAGGGUCUUCAGGAUCUUCAAGCUCUCCAGACACUCCAAGGGGCUGCAGAUCCUGGGGCAGACUUUGAAAGCCAGUAUGCGGGAGCUGGGGCUCCUCAUCUUCUUCCUUUUCAUCGGGGUGAUCCUCUUCUCCAGCGCCGUGUACUUUGCCGAGGCGGACGACCCAGACUCCCAUUUCUCCAGCAUCCCCGACGCUUUCUGGUGGGCCGUGGUGACCAUGACCACGGUGGGCUAUGGGGACAUGAGGCCUGUCACCGUAGGCGGCAAGAUCGUCGGCUCCUUGUGUGCCAUCGCUGGCGUGCUGACCAUAGCCCUGCCCGUGCCUGUCAUCGUGUCCAACUUCAACUACUUCUACCACCGAGGAACUGACAACGAAGAGCAGCAGUCUGUUCUCAAGGAGGAGCCCAGCAGCGCUCAGGGCAGCUCAGCUGGGGGGGAGCUGAAGAGAAGUCGCAGUAAAAACUCUCUGAACAAAUCUGUUGUGCACUUGGAAAACAGUGAGGGGAUCAACAACGGCACUGGAUCCUUAGAGAAAACCAAUAUCAAAGCUAAAAGCAACCUAGAUCUUAGAAAAUCCCUCUAUGCACUCUGUCUGGACACCAACAGGGAAACAGACCUCAAAACCGUGACAAGGCUCUGGAUUUUACAGUUUCAAUCUUCCUAAAUGACAAUGACAGACCAUCUUCAUUUUGAUGACAUGGCGCUGUGCAGCUACCUUAGUGAACACUGAAGUGAAGUUGAUUCGUUACUUCAAAUCGAAACACUACGUUAUCAUUUCUGUUGCAAAGAGCUUACAAUUUUUUUUUUACAAACUCCUGUUGCACUGCUGAAGGAUGUUUCAUGCCUUUACCAUGGCAAGAUUAGCAGGUCAUGGAAGAGAAGUCUUGAUUGUCAGCGCUCAAGAGUGACCUGGAGCAGAGACAGUGGUGCUGUUCUUGAGAAGGCUUCCCGGGGCAUAGCAGUCCACAGCACACCCAAUGAGACACAGUACUGGGAUGGAAAUUCUAGUCUGGGAAGGGUGUGAGUCACGAGUUGAGGCUGCUUGAGAAGCUAUUUAGGGCAUCUUUUUUAUAAUGUUUUUAACUGAUCUUGUGUUGCUUUUUUAAUUUAUACUUACACCUACGUAGCUCGUCAUUUUUUUGUAUAUUACAUAUUUUUAUUUCAAAAUUUGUAAAAAAAAUAUUUUUUAAUUUAUAUUUAUGCAAGAAAAAGGAAGUCAUUGUAAUUGUGGUUUGACAUCUUUGGCAACAAAUUUUAUUCGCUACUCAGUGGCCACUGUUUUGGUUAAGACACCAUUUCAUUAAUCAUAUCUGUAAACCCAAUAGGGUGCUGAAGGUAACUCCCUGGGAGAGGACAUUUAUGGUCCAAAUUUUCAGAAAGGGAGGUUGGAGGUAGGAAAAUACACAACUGCCCUUGAAGUCAAUGGAAAUCUGUCCACUGUAAAUGGUCAUUUGGCCAAGCUAACUGGUGAUUUGCAUACGCAAAUACCUGAUUUACGGAGGUAGCUGUAUUAGUUGCAUGCACGAAUGUAAGCAUGUAAUUGAGCAUACAGUCCUGCAAGUGGAUCUACCUACUUUUCUGAAAAUGUUACACUUACGAGUGUAGGGGAGAAAAGUAAUUUCUUUCUUCUGUGAAAUCUGUCUAUGCAACUGUACUGAAUUAGAAGAAUUGUCCAAAAGGAAAGUCAGGAAUGAUAUUCGGAGGCACUGAUACAUUACUGGUUUGCUCUAAAAAGUUAGGAAAAUAAUGGAACAUUGUAAUCUGUGUGUCUGCCACUCCUGAUCUAAGCCAUAUGUCUGUGUUUGGUAUGUAUCCUGAAGGCUGCACCUGCAGUUGCUUGGUAGAGGACUGGCUGCCUUUCUCCUAGUGUCACGCUGCAGUAAAAGGACAUUGGGAAGAAAUUCAGAGAUUGGAACUGACACAGGUAGCCAGAUUCCUUUGCUCCCUGUUCCCAUACCUUCUUGGGAUAUGAAAUUCUAUCAAAAGCCUUUCCCUUGCAUACAUUGCUUUGGAGUUGCCCAGCUUCUUCUCCGCCGUCCCCCCACCCCCCUCACAUGGAUGUGUUCCCAUCGGUUGGAUUCCACAAUUUGGAUGUUUAGGAAUUUGUUCUUUUGGGGGUUUUCUCUUACAGAGAAACUGUUCUGCAUUCAGAGCCCAGUUUUGAACUCGUUCUCAAACACAGCGAAACACAUCAGUGACUCUGCUGUUUUGGAUUUUGUAUGGAAAUAUGUGAAUGAUUGAUUCUAAUUCUUUGCUUUCCUUCCACUAGUGCUGUUCUUUGUCAAAGUCUCUCAUAGUUUAGGGAGAUUAUUAAAGUACCAUUUAUUUCUGUCUUUUUUGACAUUCAUUUUCUUUUAUUUAUUUUGUAUUUUUAAGAUGUGAAGUCUCUGGGGUUAAUAUUUCAAAUCUUAGCAUCAAAGUGCUGUGCAUACAGGUCUAGUACACACCUGAAGGUUAGUCUUUGUUUUUGUGUGGCUUUGACUUGAACACUUUUCCAUUUCUCUUUCUGUUAAUAUUGGUAUUUGGGAAAUGUGCACUGCCUGUAUUCUUUCUGCCUUUUGCCCCGUCCCUUAAUUCAAUAAAAAAAUGUUUUCCUCA